GCAAAUAGUGGGAGGGGCUACCUUGCACAUCCAUUCCCAGAUCAGAGAAUGGCCUACCCAAGAAGUGGUCCAGCCUCUAGAGCAGUAGCUCUAGACCUCAUGCUGAGGACCUUCAUGAACUCUGCUGACUUUCACACCUCCAACCCCAGGAUUUGGGACAACAUAGCCAAGCUAGUGCCAGGAACCACUCCACAGCAGUGUGCUCAGAGGUGGGAAGAGCUUCGACUGACCAACAGUACAGUGGCUGGUGAUCUCUCAGGACUGACUGCUACUGGUCGACCCAUCUCAAGCCACGGUCGGAAGCAAAUCAGCAAACUAGUCCGCUCCAUGCUCAAUCAGCCAUCAAACAGACACGCCCACAACUCUGUACAAGAUCACACCCACCACUCGACCUCUCGGCCACCCAGUGUGUUAUCAGAACGCUCCAAGAGUUUCACUGAGAGCAGUCCUAGUAGACCCCUUACGGGGGUCGCUGAGAGAAAUGGGGGGAAUUUCGUAGCCAAUUUCUGUCAGACGAUGCUGAAUGGUACCAACAGUGCAGCUGUGCUGAGAGGAGGUGGGCAGAGGAGUGGUGUGAGGGUGGAGGAGGAGGAGUCUGCCAAGGAAUCUGCUGGAAAUGCCGUAAAUGGGCCUACAUCAACUCAAAUAUCAACUGAAGGAUCAGCCACGACUAUUGACAGUGGAGGCAGCUCAACCACCAUCAAGACCACCACCUCUGUGGGUGAGCAUGGACCUAACAUGGUCAUCCACGUUUGUGAUGACGCAAAGAAACUAAAAAAGGAUUUUGUGUGCCCCCGUGAGAUCCUAGUGAGGGAGAUGCACUACUUUGCCGAGUACCUCUCCUCCUCUGAUACACAGCUCUGGGAUGAGGUGGACAUCAGUGUACACUGUGACGUGCCUGUGUUCGACUGGCUCAUGAGAUACACAAAGAGAGGUCUGUCGGAGGGUCCGUGUGGUGAGAGACUGGAGGAACCUCAAGAGACCCCUGUCCUAAAGCCUGGAAACGCUAUCUCCAUCCUCAUCUCCUCAGACUUUCUCAAGAUGGACACUCUGGUCGAGUUGUGUCUGGAUUAUUGCCAUGACAACCUAUCGUGUGUGGUGGCUGCACCCUGUAACAUGGGCUGCAUCAAGGACAAGCUUAUCGCCAGGCUGGGGUCAAAGUUCACUCCACUGGAGGCUGAGAAUCUGGUAGACAAGAAAGACAAAGUAAAGAGUAAGCUGUUCCUCUACCAGCUGGAGCAGAUGUUCCAACCCUCCAACUCCACACCAGAGUGCCCCAACAGUGGGACCACUCUACACAGAUGCAAACACUGUCAGAAGCUACUCACAAUACAACAGUAUGAUACUCUACACUGCAUCACUGAAAGGCUCACGGUGGAUCGCACAGGGCGAGUGGUGUUCUCCCACGAGGCAGACUCAUCCUGGGACAUCAACAAACACAUCCAAUCAUUGCAGAAACGAGAGGGGCUCACUCCUAGGGACAUAUACUGGAGGUUGUGGGGGGCCAUCAACACACUCACCUGUGACCAUUGCUGUCAGGUGUUCCAGUGCUGUCAGCUGCCACUCUGUCUCUAUCACCCUCGUCCUGCCCUGGGGACGGAGCACCUGUGCUGUAAGAGGCGGGUCAGCGGGUUAUCCCCACUACCACACCCACAGACUGGAUGCACUUACCGUGAUCACAUGAUAUCUACACACUCCUCACACCAAGACCCAGUCUACACCAUUCUCCUACAACUCAGAGACACUAUUUGUGCAGAGCAACUUAAGCGCCUCUCAGAAUCAACAGGCACUCCAAACGACACCUCCUCAACUAACCAAAACUGUCUCGAACUAAUCUUACUUCGUAGUGAAGAGAGAAAACCUCAACACUCAUCAUCUGGGUGUGUGUCAGCUAGCAGCUUGUGUCAUAUGACAUCAUCAGUCUCGGCAGACAGUGUCAAGGUAUCGUCAAGGCAUCCUAGAUUGCCACGGCAACAGUCACAUGACCUGUCAGAGCUAGAGGAAGAUGAGGAUGAUGACCCGGUGGCCAGAUCACCACUCCCAGUGUCCACCAGCAGACACAAGAAGGGAAGACUGUAUGGGACUCUCAGACAGAAGAACUCACGACAAGACAUGGCACCGUUGCCCCCUCCUGUGGAAUGGAUUUGGGACAGUCGCAAGUCCCAGAGAUGGAAUCAGGACAUGCAAAGGGAAAGUGAUGAGAGACGUCUGGCUGCACUGGAGGCCCACUUCUCUCAGAGGCUGACCCCCUCUAACAAAAGCCGAGAGGCUGGUAUGGCCGGGGGGAUGUUCUCACGGCUAGAGGCUCAGUUCAGAGCUCAGCAGACGGCAAGAACUCUACAGCAGGGACAACACUCCAGAAACAUGUCUCAGGGGUCCGGUAGAAGACGCUUUUAAUGAGGACAGACUCAAUCUACCUAGAUUUCAACAAAACUAGUUGUUUGCCUAUCUGAUAAAAGCGGAGCAAUUUUCUUUUCUUUUAACAUCAAUCUACGAUCAAAUUUUUUGUACAUUAAUGUUUGUAGAUCAGUACAAUAUGGUAACGAUGGCAUAUUGAAUUCUUAUAAAUAAUAGUUCCUGCUUCCUCCGAA